AUGUCGCUGAACGUGGGUAAUGUAGGCAAUCUGCCUCUUCGCCUGCGCAAUUUCUUCGCUCGUUACCCUCCACAGAUUUACUCCGCGCUCGUUGCAUCCCGUCCGACUGCCCCCGAAGGUGAAGCUUCCCAACAGACCCUUCCGUCACCGUAUACCCCCGACCGUGAUGCCAAAGGUGCCCACAAGCCCGAUCCUACUGCCUUCUCUCCUGCGAAGGCUCUUCUGACCAACAAUGCUGAAACCCGCAACCCGUUCCUGCCACAAAAGAUCUUCCGCACCGGCAAGUGGCUUGGUCCGCGAUACGGACUCCGACAACAGGCGGAUCUGGUGAAAUUGGCAGCGAAAUACAACGUGGAGGAGCUUCUUCCUCCUGGAAGAAAGUCAACAGAAUUCAAGGCUGCACGCUUGGCUGAGCGUGGUCUCCGUAUCAAGGGUACCGGUAUAGGCCAGAAGGUCAAGGGUCACAAGUGGGAGCGCACAAUGGAGGCCAGGCUCGAGGAUCGUCGCAAGGCGAUGGUGGAGAUGCCGGAGAUGAUCAGAUUGUGGAAGCAGAGAGGUCAUGGUCGUGGUUGGCGCCAGUGGCCCAAGCGGUAA